AUGAGUUUCCGGAUCGGCACUUCCUUCUUAUGCCAGGCUGUAGCCUGCCUCGCUGCAGUCAAGCUAUCCGACAUAAACGAUGGAGACGCAUCUAUUCAACACCACCCUUCCUUUUCAUCCAUCUCAAUCGAGACAGCCUUUUGGCAAGAAUUCGUUGGGACAGCAGCAGAGCCCAAUGACCUGUUUUUCAAGCUAAUAAACCACAUUGCCGACCGUGGCGGCGAGCCUAUACUGCGGCCCGGCGGCAUCACUCAGGACAGUCUGAUCUUCGACCAGGACGCAGAGGAGGACAUUGUCCGCACCAUGGGGAACAAUGGCGAGGUAUACCGGACAACCGUCGGACCGGGUUACUACGGCAGCUGGUCCAGCUUCGCCGAAGGCGUUGGCUUCAUCUCUACGCUCAACUUCUACAACGACAGUCUGCAGAUUGCCGAGGACCUCGCAGCCGCCUCGCUCAAGUAUCAGCCGGACCGUAUCAAGUACUUUGAGCUAGGCAACGAACCGAACAACUAUCCAGAAACCCGUUGGAACGAUAGCACAUCCAAAUACGUAACCCAAUGGAAACAGUGGACAGCCGACAUUGAUGCUGCCGCCGAACAGGCCAAUAACUCCCGGCAGAUCAAGUGGUGGGCUUCAUCUGCCACAACCGACGACACCGAGCUACGCAUACGGCCCGUAGAUCUCAUCCCCGCAGGGAUCGACUCGGAGGACCAAGUCGGCCAGUUCUCCAUCCAUUCGUACGUGCACAACACCUGCUCAUCUGAGGGAACCGAGCUGGCGACCAUUCCGAACCUCCUCAAUCACACUGAGAUCAUCACCUUCGCCGACGCCGAGGUCCUCCCCUCUUCCCAAGCCGCGCAAGCCCAUGGCAAAGAGUGGGUCAUGGGUGAAUUCAACUCCGUCGCCUGUUCCGGAAGGCCCAAUGUGACCGACACCUUCACGCAGGCUCUGUGGAUGAUAGACACGCAGCUCACCUACGCCGUCAUGAAUGCCACAUCCGUGUACCAGCACCAGGGCGCCACGCUGGUCCUUCAGAGCGGCUCGCAGACGAACACGCCCGGCUUCUCGGCGUACAACCUGCUGUACCCGCGCGAGAGCGAAAAGUACGGGGAGGCACGUGUGCUGCCCAGUUUUGCGGGUCUGCUGUUUCUCACAGAGGUGUUUGCCGAGUCCGGCACGCGUGUACGGCAGGUUGCUGCGCCCGAGGGGGUAGACCCGGAUCGGUUCUCGGGAUAUGCCCUUUACAAGGGAAGUGACGCACGAGUGACCAGACUUGUCUUGCUCAAUCUGAACCCGUACUAUGGAGACGCCAGUGAGAGCGAUUACACCGUUCAACUUGAUUUAUCUUCUUACAUUCGGAAUAGCGCAAGUGUCAAGAGACUGACGGCUCCCUCGGUUGAUGAAAAGGAUGCGUCGAAUGUCACUUGGGCUGGACAGUCUUUCAAGUAUGGCGAUGCCGAGGGCGAGACCCAGCAAGAGUCGGUUUCGGGGGCAAACAUUGUCAGCAUCAGGGGCAGCGAGGCCAUUCUAGUCUCACUCAUGUAG